UCCCUAGAGCCAAGCAGGAGAGGAAUCAGUUUUAUUUAUCAAUUCUCCCCUGCAAAUAGUUAAACAAAAAUAGUGUAAUCCACAAAAAUGGAAGUUUUUCAAACCGAGAGUUACUAUAUAUUUUUACGCAAGGAAAAGAGUCUUUGGUGGAACCGUUUUACUUCGGAAUUUCAAAUUAAAUGCGGUUGGGAUUUUUCGUCGGUAAAUGACAUUGAAUGUGUUGGCCUAACCUACGGAAUUGUUGGUACAAUUGCAUUACCAGGUGUUCUUGAGCCUCAUUUGAUCAUUAUUAAAGAAGCUGUUCCAGUAGGAGUAUUAUAUGCACCGCACUUAGUCUACAAGAUAAAAAGUAUAUGUAUCCUUGGAGCGGAAGAUCCAGAUACUGGUUUAAUGGCAUGUCCCAAACAUGUUUCCGUAACUGGUAUUAAAACAACCUGUAAUGCUAAUGUUGAAAAUUUAUCAUCACAUACUGCUAGCUUUUCUGCAAGAAGUCGCCUUUUCGAAAGCUCUGCAUUAGUUAACAAGACUUGGGGAGCUGUGAAAAAUGCUGGGAGUACGAUCAAGAACACUACCGAAAAAGCAGCCGCCAUUGCUUCGAAUCAAGUAAAAUCUACAGUUAGUAUGGUGGUAAAAGAUCCGGUUCGAGUAGAAAAACGCGUUCUGGAUGAGCUGCAUCGAAUAUUUGACGAUAGUGAUAGCUUUUACUAUAGUUUAGACUGUGAUAUAACAAACAAUUUGCAGCGACGAUCGGAAGCUCCCGAUGAUCGAUUUUACUGGAAUCGUAAUAUGUUAAAAGACAUAAUUAAGUUAAACGAUAGCGAUGAGAAUUGGGUCUUGCCGAUUAUACAAGGGUUUGUUCAAGUAGAACAAUGUGUCAUUGGCAAUGAAUGUUUUACAUUGGCUUUGGUUUCACGACGAUCGCGAUACCGAGCUGGUACGCGAUACAAACGCCGUGGCUGUGAUGAAGAUGGAAAUUGCGCGAAUUAUGUCGAAACUGAACAAGUGCUUUCGCUUCGGCAGCAUCAAAUCUCAUUCACACAAGUACGUGGGUCAGUUCCGAUUUAUUGGAGUCAGCCGGGAUACAAGUACAGACCACCCCCAAGGUUAGAUCGUGAUUAGCGGGAAAUGGAGGGAGG